CCAUCAGUGGGAGGAAGAAGACACAGUCGCCCACAGAGAAAGAGAAGACAGACGCGUUGCCGUGGAGACGGAGCGCAGACAAAAAGACGGACAGAGGAAGAGGCUUGAAGGACUUUCUAUGAGUGUGUGUGUGUGGUGUGUGUGUUGGAGGGCAGGCAGCUGAUUGGAACACACAAGGAGGGCGGAGCCAUGAUGGGCAAGGACUACAUGCUGGCCAUCAUCAUCGUCAACUGUGAUGACAACAUCUGGACCGACCAGAACCUGCUGCUGGACCAGGACCUCCCCUCUGACUGGAGGACCAUCAAAGACUCCACGGGGACGUACUAUUGGCACGUUCCCACCGGCACCACUCAGUGGCAGCACCCCCGACUAAACGGGGCGCCGCAGCAGCCGGCGCCGCCUCCCGAGCAACAGAAGGACCAGAAUGGAUCGAGCAACUGCAGCGCAGAUGCUGACAGAGCACAUGGCGCACAUAGGUUUUGGUGGUCUGAUGAGUCUUGUAGCCAUGACGACAACUCACAGUGCUUUUCCGUGCGCUCCCUGGGCUGGCUCCAGGUGGAAGAGGACGACUUGUCCCCGGGCCGCAGCAGUCUGGUGGUCAGCGACGUCAUCCAGCAGCUGUCUCGCUGCGGCGGCGACGAGCAGCGCGACCGGCUGGGGUCCUCGGGGGAGGGUCGCGACAUGAUGCUGGUUCUGAAGAGAGACACCCUGACCCUGGUGGAUGCUUUAGACCACGCCCCCUUGUACUGUCAGCCCAUUGUCAACAUUCGCGUCUGGGGGGUGGGCAGCAACAAUGGCAGGGACAGAGACUUUGCCUUUGUUGCGGGGGACAAGGACAGCUGCGUGCUCAAGUGCCACGUUUUCCGCUGCGAUGCCCCCGCCAAGGCCGUCGCCAUGGCGCUGCACCAAAUGUGCUCCAAGAUGAUGUCAGGUCAAAAAGCCACCCGCUCGCUCACCAUGGAGAGCAUCGUGCCGGAGGACCUACCCGGACAAGUGGACUUCUUGGAGGCGGUGCGGCAGCAGGUGCAAAAGUUUGACGUCCGCUACGUCGGGAGCCUGCCCGUGUCCCGCGCCAUGGGCAUGGAGGUUUUAAACAGCGCCAUCGAGAGCAUCAUGGACGCCACCGAGCAUGACCAGUGGGAGGCGAGCAUCAUCCACGUGACCGACAACAUCCUCUACCGUGCACUCGUGACAGGAAGGGGAGGAGCCGUUCUGGGAGUGCCAGGUGCGUCUUCUCAGCUUCCUCGGCGUGGGCCAGGACAGUCACACCUUCGCCGUGAUCGCCGAUGGCGGCACCCAGCGCUUCGAGUGCCACGUGUUCUGGUGCGAGCCGGACGCGGGGCUCCUGUCCGAGGCGGUCCAGGCGGCGUGCAUGGUUCACUACCAGAAGUGUUUGGUGGCUCAGACUCCGCCCCCCAGGACCAAGCUGUGGCACGCAACCCCGCCCAAGAUCAGACGGGCCAACUCCAUGGACGGCGUCGCUUUCCCGCCUCGAGGCUGGCGCCUCCACGACAAGGAGAGCGGCGGCGUGAGGCGGAGCAUGAUGGCCUUUUUUGACACUUUCAGGAACAAGCGAGCUGCAAUGUCCUGAUGAGGACAAGGCGCACGUCGGAGGACAUUAGAACCAAACCGUCAGAGCCUGCUGGUGCUGGACUUCAAGCGGUCACACGGUGAUCCACCUCAGCUGCACGUCAUGGAUGUCA